AUGAAUUCAAAUGCUAGGCAUAGUCCUGUGUUUCUUAUAUUUCCUCCAGAGGUCGCUGUUCCAGAUUAUCAAGCAACAGAAUUUACAGCCACAACCUAUGGGUCUGAAAGCCCAGUACAGAAAUUUCUUGCUACAAAAAUGAAGGUCAUAGGGACAAUCCAGAUCUUGUUGGGAAUUAUGAACUUUUCCUUUGGAAUUGUUUUCCUUUUCACCUUGGAAAACCCAUACCCGAGGUUUCCCUUCAUAUUUGUUUCAGGAUAUCCAUUCUGGGGAUCCAUUUUGUUCAUUAAUUCUGGAGCCUUCCUAAUUGCAUUGAAAAGAAAACUCACAGAAACUCUGAUGAAACUAAGCCAACUGAUGAAUUUCCUUAGUGCCCUGGCAGCAACUGGUGGAAUCAUUCUCCUCGUAUUUAGUUUCCUUUUAGAUCGAAACUACAUUUGUGGCUAUUCUCAAAAAAGUAAUCCAUGUAAUGCUGUAACCAUUUUAUUCCUUGGCAUUUUGGUUAUGCUGAUUGUCUUCAGCAUUAUUGAGUUAUUCAUUUCUCUGCCCUACUCAAUUUUGGGAUGUCACUCUGAAGACUAUGAGGAAUGCUGUUGA